AUGUCGUCUUCUCUUCACGAUUCUCCUCUUCACGAUUCUCAUCUUCACGAUUCUCUACAAUUGGAUAGCAACAAGUUUUGCACAACCUUGAGAUUGCCUGGGAGGGUUUAUGAAGCUGUAGAACCACCAGAUAAUCCCAAAGCGAUAAUCCAUCACUCAAAGAUUGAUUAUGUCGAGAAGGUUGAGGUUAGCACAAUGAUAGGAUUGGCUGAGGAAUACAAACAUUUGGUGGAGGCAACACAUAGUGACGAUGCUGACUUUCACAGUGUUGUGAAACUAGUUCAACAAGGAUACAAAAUGAGGAGAAGCGACUGGGAGAAUGGUUUUGUGGAUAUGUUUGUUGCAACAGAAGAUAUAGGUCAACAACGCAAGACAAAAGACGAAGAUGCAGAGCAUGGUGAAGAUCUGAACCAUAGUGAAGAUGAAGAGGAAAAUAAAGAUGAAGAAGAAAAGACAGAUGCAGAGGAAAAUAAAGAUGGAGAGGACAAGACAGAUGAAGAGGAAAAUAAAGAUGAAGAGUAUCAAAAGGAUAAGGAGCAUAGAAAAGAUAAAGAUCAUUCCAUGUCUAACAGCGAGAAACUUGAUAAGCUAAUCCAAAUGGUUCGUGAUUUGGAUAAGCGAGUAGUAGUGAUCCAAAAUGUUUUAGGAGUUAAGUUUAAUGACGGUUCACCAAACAAAGAACAUUGUGAGAAUAUAGCUAGUUCUGGUGAUAGAAGAAGUGCAAAAGAUUAUGAAAAUGAAGAAGAUACAAUUGAUGAAGAAGCAAACUCUGGUGAUAAAAAAAGUGCACUAGAUGAUGAAAAUGAAGAAGAGAUAUGUGAUGAAGAAGCGAAAUCUGGUACAGAGCAUCUAAGGGAAGAAGAGAAUAUUUUUGGGGAAAUUUUUUGGGGAAAAUGA